AAGUUUAGGAGAUUGUGGAUCAUCUGUCUCUUCUGGGAGUAUUGAAAGCUAUACAAAACACACGACAUGAGAUACCAAAAAAAACGACACCACGUCUUUUCUUGCUCUUCACCUUUUUCACAUCCCCUUUUCAUCCUCAUUCUCACACUUUCAGUCUCUCAUCUUGCCAUUUUCGCAAAUGCAACUAAUCACUUCUCACUCGCUUUUUGUGUGCCUUCGCAUCUUCUGCCCCUUGGCUUUAAAUUUAAAGUUCUCCACCUCGUUUAUUAGCAUGAUUACCAUUCUCCACAAGCGCACGGCGUUGGUGAGAAACACGAUAGAGAAGAGGUGUAAAAUUUAAUGCUCUCUCUGCACAAAAUCACUCACAACAGGAGGACUCUUUAUCGUUUAGACUUUAGUGCUUUUUCUCUCUUUUUUUUCUUUUGUGCCUCGCUGAGACGUCUUGAAACAAGAGUACCUGUCUCACUGGCAAACUGAUCGUCAGGUGGAUUUAUUUACCAGGCGCGAGAGACAUUCGCGCGGAAGAGAUUAGGGAUAUUUUUUGUUUAUACACCACAUUGAACGCAGUCAAUAUUCUCAUUGCAGUUGACUUGGCAAAAUGCCGGAUCUCUGGCAAAACAUCUGUCUUCACAUUCUACUGACUUGCCCUAUAUUUGUGAACGUCUGGUCACGGCACGAUCAUUUGUACAUGGGACUCGAUCAUCGACACCAUUUGCACUACGAAAAGGACAAUGAUCUCUCGCUGUGGAUCAAUGAGAUGCAAGUGAAAAUGUUUAGUGGUUUCUCAAUGAAAAUAUUCGCAAUUGAUAACGGUAAGGUAUCACCCCAUAUUAAGGAUCCUAAUUUCAAUAUCUACCUUCCAACUAUACCGUCUGAAGUAAGUUAUGUGAAUUUUACAUGGAAAUCCGGUGCCAAAAAAUAUGAUUAUCAUUUCGAUAGAUUGCAAUCAUUAGAUGAAAAUAUUCUUAAGCCACCAAUUAUAUCUAUUAAGACAAAGGGACGUGUUCCACGCAAUCCUAAAGAAUUCAGUGUUUUAUUGCCAUGCUCGGGCAAUGUGUCAGGCAUUGCAAUGUUCAGCAUUGGCUUGCUGAUACAAACACGCAAGGGUAGACCCUUGCCUGGCACCCCCCUUCGGCUCACCCUCAAGAAGGAGUGCGCCUACAGAGGUGUGUAUGACAGAGCUUCACUAACGGCUUCGCAAGGUCCAGACCCAGAAUGUGAUAAGAAGUGCGCAAAUAACGGCUGGUGCAAUCACGAGAAGAUAUGCCAAUGCCCGGAAGGCUACAUGGGACAGUACUGCACGCAGGCUCUGUGCUAUCCGCAGUGCCAGAACGGUGGCAACUGCACGGCGCCGGCGGUCUGCUCGUGUCCGCGAGGGUAUCAAGGACGCCACUGCGAGGGAGGUAUCUGUGCAGAGAAGUGCCUCAACGGCGGAAAGUGUAUCCAGAAGGACAAGUGCGAGUGCCCCAAAGGAUAUCUCGGGCUCCGCUGUGAAAUAUCCAAGUGCACAAUUCCCUGCCAGAACAACGGGAAAUGCAUCGGGCCCAACAAGUGCCGCUGUCCGCCGGGAAUCUCGGGUGAGCACUGCGAAGUGGGCAGGAGGCAGCGCUCGACAUGCAAGAAGCCCUGCAAGCGGGGCAUCUGCAUGCCUGAUCACAAGUGCCACUGCUUCGAGGGGUGGUUCGGAAAGUUCUGUGCUCGUCGGGAGAAGCAUAGUCGCCCCAAUUAUCGCAGCACCCCGAAAGGCAGGCGGUGAAUCCCGGACGAGCCCUCUUCCCGCCCUUCUGGCUUCCUCUCUUCACUUACACGCCACCCUGUCUCCGUUCACACUCCCCGGUAUUGAUUCUAUGUUCUAUCUCUAAUGUGAUAAUAAAUUUACUUAAAGAAUC